UAUUCAUUUCACCACAAUUCUCUCUCUGUCUAUAUAUAUAUAUACAAGUAUACAUGAUAAUGAAAUGCUAAGGAAAUGAUGGGGCCCUAUAGAGCAGACGACGAUUACGAUUACUUGUUCAAGGUGGUAUUGAUCGGAGAUUCUGGGGUCGGAAAAUCAAACCUAUUGUCUCGAUUCACACGCAACGAGUUCAGCCUCGAAUCCAAAUCCACAAUCGGCGUCGAAUUCGCCACUCGAAGCAUUCAGGUCGAUGAUAAGAUCGUCAAGGCCCAGAUUUGGGACACCGCUGGCCAAGAAAGGUACCGUGCAAUCACAAGUGCUUAUUAUCGUGGAGCCGUUGGUGCUUUGCUCGUGUAUGAUGUUACCCGGCACGUCACGUUUGAAAAUGUGGAGAGAUGGUUGAAGGAGCUUCGGGGUCACACAGACUCCAACAUCGUCAUCAUGCUCGUCGGGAACAAGGCUGAUCUGCGUCACCUCCGAGCAGUGUCAGUUGAAGAUGCCAAGGCAUUUUCUGAAAGGGAGAACAAUUUUUUCAUGGAAACAUCAGCUCUCGAGUCUUUGAAUGUCGAUAAUGCCUUCACAGACGUGCUGACACAAAUCAUCGAGUCGUCAGCGAGGAAGGCACUAUGACAUAGGCGAUG